AGUCUAUCUCCUUGCGUCUAAGCCUAAAAUGGGCAUUUUUUACGGGCAUGCAGAGGGGCGUUAUAAGAUUCCUGGAUCAACUUAGUUGGCCCUGGCGGUCCGGAUUUUGACCGUGACCUGGCCUGGCCGGAAACAACUCAUCGACUCCAUCUACCCUCAAGCAUCCGAUCCGUGUCUUACUAUGCGAUGGGGAGUAAAGCCGAUGCCUACUUUCCAGUGCAGCGCAUUGCCCAGGCAUGCCUACAAUGCCGACGAAAAAAAUGCCGGUGCACUGGCGAUCGACCUGUCUGCGGACAAUGCCAACGACUCAACAUUGACUGUGUAUAUCCUGUCGAAGCUUCUCGGCGGCAGGCUCCUAGGCAACAAAGGCCCCGCUCGGCGAGCAUCGACGACCCCGACCUUUCACGACAACCCUCCGAGUCAAGCGACGCACAGACUUCAGAGAUCGUUAGUAGGAUUGGAACACUUGAAGCAAAGAUCGAGUCGAUGGGAUCGAGUCUGCAACGGAUUGAAAGAUGUCUCGUUUCGCUAUUAGAUAGCAGUAACCUGGGUGGUAUGGGGCUACCAGCAUCUUCCGGGCAUCCAGAGAGCAGCCCAAGGACAGGGUUCGAGACUGCAGAGCAAGGCACUACGUUCCAACCUUCACCACAAAAUGAUCCUGCGAUCGAGGACUUUGGAACACCGGAGGAUGUGCUUAUGGCAGUCAUUGAUUCAUACUUUAGUUACUGCCAGAAUCAGCCCUACUCGUUCUUUCAUGAAGAAACUUUCCGGCAGGGUUUGUCCCAACACACUAUCCCUAAACAUCUAAUCCUAGCCGUCAUGGCGACUGCAGUUCGGUUUUGCUCGCAUCCGUACUUUUCGGGGCGCGCAUUAGAGAUAUCUGUCGAAUAUGCGAACAGGUCUUGGAAACUCAUUGUGUCGGACUGUUUUACCGUCGGCAAGGUGGCGGAGGUAUCCACAGUCCAGACAGUCGCCUUGCUAGGCUUGUUCGACUUUACUGCCGGUCGAUUACGCCAUGGCUCAGCGUGGGUCAAAGUCGGCCUGGCCGUCAGGAUCGCACAGGAUUGUGGGCUCAUGCUAGAGAACGCAGCGCAUCUCUCGUAUGCGGAACAGGAAGAGCGACGACGGGUGUUUUGGUCAGUCUAUCUAUUGGAUCGCUUGGUCUCCUGCGGCCGUGGUCGACCACCAGCCAUCGUUGACGCGUCGUGCCACCUACAGCUGCCGUGUGACGAGUCAAUCUGGAGGGAGGGCCUAUGGGCCAAAACACAAUCGUUGGACGAGAUGACAAACCGAACCCUUUCAGUAUCUCGACGCCAAUGCCCUUUGGCACAAGUUAUUGCUAUUGCGCAGAUCCUCGGCCGAUGCGCACAAUAUGUACUUCAAGACUUCAACAUCAGAGGCCCACAUCCACCUUGGGAUCCUGGCUCGGAUUUUGCCGGCAUUGAAUCCGAUCUUCUCCAUUUCGAAGCGUACUUGGAGAUACAGAGACCAAUUGAUGAGAUACUCGCACCCUAUAUUUUGGUUGGCGGGGUAGUAGACAGCCAGUCCUCAGGCCCGAUUAUCUUCUCUCGAGCAUUAUUUCAUCUCUGCUAUUGUCUGCUAAAUCAUCCCUUCUUAUUACGGCGCCGCAUCAACACAUGCCGAAACCUUGCGCCUAUCAGUUUUAUUAAGAGAUCAUCUGACUUGGCCUGGCUUCACGCACAGCAGAUGAUGGCUCUUAUCCGUGAGGUGCGCAAGUUAGGCUGCUCGUUUCACUCCUCAUCCAGCGGCUAUGCGGUGACAGUCGCGGGCUCCAUUAUCGCGUUACGGACCCAUGACGAGGAUUCGCCAACUUGCGAAGAGGCUCAAAUACUGCUUAAAGAGGCCUUGGCCUAUCUGGAUAUCAUUGGCCAGCACUGGAGUAAUGUCAGAACAAUGGCCUCGACACUUCGCCAGAUAGUCUACGAUGGGUUCUCAGGGCGCCACCUGAAUAGCCUCACCCAAGGUUUGAGCUUCACGCCUUCCAAGGAAGAAGCUAUGUGGGCCCUGGUCGACUAUAAUACAAUGUCAAACCAACUUAGCGAAGAUGCCCAAAUGAGUGGGCAGGAAUCAGAUGGUCUAAUGCCAAAUUCGUGGAUCGAUUUGUUUGGUCCCAUUGACUAUGCUUUGCUAUCUAAUUUUAAUGCGGCAGCUCAAGAGUAACAGUUAAUGGGAAUUGAGGACCAUCGUCAGAGGUAGCAAGCUGUAUCAAAUUUUCAUAGUGGAUCUGUAUACAUGCAUUGAAGCUAUCAGGGCUCCGCCAUGCUAGAUUUCCACCUUGAAACGAGGUACAAAGUUACAGUUUUCCGCCUUCGCUAAUGACCACCUUAUGCAUGCUCGAUAGGAAUUCCACGGUAAGUGGGUUACAGCUUGGAGCUCUGCACAGU